UUAUUUACAAAUUUCAACCAAUAAUUAAAACAGUUUGGUCAGAGUAUUCUUUAUUUAUUUUGAAAUGGCAGUAUUCUUUAUUAUUAUCGACAAAAAAUCCACGACAUCCCAGCAAUUCAACCAACACAAAUACUCCUCCCUCCUCCUCCUCCUCCAAACUUGGAAUAUGUUCGAUUACUGUUUAGAGUUACAUAUGUCCAUUAUUCUUCAGUCUUUUUAAUCCAUCAUUCAAGAUUACACGUUUCUUUCUGGAGAAUAUUUGUUGUUUCUCUGAUAAACAUUUUGUGCUGGGAGAUGUUUGAGAUAUUUGGGUGCAAAUGUUUCCAUUGGAAAAGAAUAGACAAUCUGUUACCAUCUGAACCAGACACCUAUUCUCUCCCUGCUUCUCUUCCUGAUUGGCCUCCAGGUUGGAAGUUGGUUGUUUUAAAGAAGAGUACUCCAGACUUCCAGUUCAUGUACAAUUGCCACCUGUUACACUUCGAAAAUUAUGCAACACGCACCGGCCAAGGAUUUGCUUCUGGAAGGAUAAGUCUAGGGGAAAUUGAAGUUAUUAAAAUAUCUAGGCUAGAGUUCAUUUGGACCUGCAAACUUCCACAAGACGAGAAGAAAGGUGUUUCAUUCUACAAGCCUGCUGCAGUGCCUGAUGGAUUUAAUAGCCUUGGUCACCAAUGCCAAAUUAACAACCAGCCCUUAAGAAGCUUUCUUCUUGUGGCUAGGGAGGUGGCUAUUACUAAGACAGAAGCUGCAAUUUUUAGCAGCCCUGUUAAUUCACCUGCUCUUCGGAAGCCCAUUGAUUAUAUACUAGUCUGGAGUUCAUACAGUUUUAAUGAUGAAAGCUAUGAUGGAUGUGGUUUCUUCUGGCUACCUCAGCCUCCUGAUGGUUAUAAACCCUUGGGCUAUUUAGUUACAAACAACCCAGACAAGCCAGAUUUGGAUGAAGUGAGAUGUGUUAGAGCAGACCUGACGGAUGGGUGUCAAGCUUAUCGCCCGAUUCUUAAUGUUUAUUCUAAGUUUUCAUCUUUUCCAUUUGAAGUUUGGAGCACAAGGCCCAGUCAUCGAGGAAUGAUUGGGAAAGGGGUUUCAGUUGGCACAUUUUUCUGUGGUAGCUACUGUACAUCUGGAGAGGAACUGAAUAUUGCGUGCUUGAGGAAUGCAAAUCCUGAACUGCAUAGCAUGCCUAAUCUUGAACAGAUCCAUGCACUAAUAAACCACUAUGGUCCCACAGUUUUCUUUCAUCCUGAUGAGGUCUACUUACCAUCUUCUGUUUCAUGGUUCUUCAAAAACGGAGCUCUCUUGUACAGAGCUGGUGAUUUGACAGGUGAAUCCAUUGAUGCUAGCGGCUCAAAUUUGCCAGCUGGUGGAACAAAUGAUAGGGCAUUUUGGAUAGACUUGCCUAGUGAUGAUCACAGAGAUACUGUAAAACAUGGAAACUUGAAAAGUGCAAAACUUUAUGUUCAUGUGAAACCUGCAUAUGGUGGGACUUUCACCGAUCUCGCAAUGUGGGUCUUUUGUCCAUUCAAUGGACCAGGGACUCUGAAAGUUGGACCUCUAAGUUUUCCCUUUAGCAAGAUUGGGCAGCAUGUGGGUGACUGGGAACACUUCACUCUUCGCAUAUGCAACUUCAGCGGAGAGCUGUGGAGUAUGUAUUUCUCUCAGCAUAGUGGUGGCCAGUGGAUUGAGGCUUAUAAUUUGGAGUACAUAGAAGGCAAUAAACCUAUUGUUUAUUCCUCUAAAAAUGGACAUGCAAGCUAUCCUCAUCCUGGGACAUACAUCCAGGGAUCCGCAAAACUUUGGAUUGGAAUAAGAAAUGACGCAGCUCGUAGUAAUUUAUUCGUGGAUUCAAGCACCCAUUAUGAAAUUAUUGCAGGUGAAUAUAUAGCAGGAGAUAUUAUUGAACCUGGUUGGUUGCAGUACAUGAGAGAGUGGGGGCCAACAAUUGUCUACAAUUCAAGGAAUGAGCUAGACAAGAUAUUUAAUCGUUUACCUGUGAUGCUUAGAUAUUCUGUGGAGAACAUAUUUUAUAAGCUACCAGUGGAGCUCUAUGGGGAAGAAGGUCCUACUGGACCAAAGGAAAAGAACAAUUGGGUGGGAGAUGAAAGAAGCUAGGUCUAUUGCAGGGAUUUUAACUUACAUUUCUCUUGCAGUCUGUAAACCUGUUACACGACUAGAAAAUCAUUGAUUCCCGCAGCUUGUAAUUUUUAUAUAUGUGUUGUUCUUGUACAGAAAAUGAUAGUAUGAGCAUGAUUCUCCUUCAAGUUAAAGUUCUUUAUUGUGAGAAAGGAGGCAGCAGAUUUUUCAUUGUGGAUAGUGAAGAGAAUAAUAUUUAUUGUAUUUAGCAUUCUUUUUUUUUGUGAGUUUGCUCAUUUGCAAAGUCUCAAGACUCUGCUAAUGUAUGUGUCUUGUAAGGUAGCUUAUCAGGCAAAAUAUGAGAAACUUAUUCAGUUUUGCAGUUAAUAGAAGGAUUUCAAUUGUUCAAUUUCCAAAUAUUUAUAAAAUUUCAGCUUUGUCGGA